GUGGCAGUAAUGCGCGUGCAGCCUGUCGAGCGUAGAAGAAGAAGGAGAAGCCGAAGAAGAAUCUUUUACAUCAGACAGCUAGUGAAACGCGGCGUUAAAGAGUGAGAUUUGCCGUUUCUGGUCGUUUGUGCAGUCAUGAGUCGCAGUUACAAUGAUGAGCUGCAGUUUCUGGAUAAAAUCAACUCCACCUCCUGGAGAAUCAAAAAGGGCUUCGUCCCCAACAUGCAGGUGGAAGGAGUUUUCUACGUGAACGAGCCUCUGGAGAAGCUGAUGUUCGAGGAGCUUCGUAAUGCCUGCCGAGGAGGAGGUGUGGGCGGGUUCCUUCCAGCCAUGAAGCAGAUUGGGAAUGUGGCGGCGCUGCCAGGGAUUGUGAACAAAUCCAUCGGCCUGCCAGAUGUCCACUCUGGGUACGGAUUUGCUAUCGGGAACAUGGCGGCCUUCGACAUGGACGACCCCAAUGCCGUGGUGUCUCCAGGUGGCGUGGGCUUUGACAUAAACUGCGGUGUCCGCCUGCUGAGGACAAACCUGGACGAGGGCGAUGUCCAGCCGGUGAAGGAGCAGCUCGCUCAGUCACUGUUCGACCACAUCCCUGUGGGAGUCGGCUCCAAAGGCGUCAUCCCGAUGGGAGCCAAGGACCUGGAGGAGGCACUGGAGAUGGGUGUGGACUGGUCUCUAAGGGAGGGCUAUGCCUGGGCCGAGGAUAAGGAGCACUGCGAAGAGUACGGGCGCAUGCUGCAGGCCGACCCCAACAAGGUGUCCUCCAAGGCCAAGAAGAGAGGCCUGCCGCAGCUCGGCACUCUGGGAGCAGGAAACCACUAUGCUGAGAUCCAGGUGGUGGAUGAGAUCUACAACGACUACGCCGCCAAGAAGAUGGGCAUUGACCACAAAGGCCAGGUGUGUGUGAUGAUCCACAGCGGCAGCCGAGGCCUCGGGCAUCAGGUCGCCACAGAUGCUCUGGUUGCCAUGGAGAAGGCGAUGAAGCGUGACAAGAUCACAGUGAACGAUCGUCAGCUGGCCUGCGCUCGAAUCACCUCUCCUGAGGGGCAGGAUUACCUGAAAGGCAUGGCAGCCGCAGGAAACUACGCCUGGGUCAACCGCUCCUCCAUGACCUUCCUCACCAGACAGGCCUUCUCCAAAGUGUUCGCUACGACGCCGGAUGACCUUGACAUGCACGUCAUCUACGACGUCUCUCACAACAUCGCCAAAGUGGAGGAGCACAUUGUGGACGGGAAGCAGAGGACGCUGCUCGUUCACCGCAAAGGAUCCACGCGAGCCUUCCCCCCUCACCACCCCCUCAUCCCCGUCGACUACCAGCUCACAGGUCAGCCGGUGCUCAUCGGUGGGACGAUGGGGACCUGCAGCUACGUCCUGACGGGGACCGAACAGGGCAUGACGGAGACAUUUGGGACCACCUGUCAUGGAGCGGGCCGAGCGCUCUCUCGAGCAAAGUCACGCAGGAACCUGGACUUCCAGGACGUCCUGGACAAACUAGCCGACAUGGGCAUCGCCAUCCGGGUGGCAUCGCCCAAACUGGUGAUGGAGGAGGCUCCUGAAUCAUACAAAAACGUGACAGACGUGGUGAACACGUGUCACGAGGCUGGCAUCAGCAAGAAGGCGAUCAAACUGAGGCCGAUCGCUGUCAUCAAAGGAUGAAGCUGAACCGCAGAAAUGAUUCAUGGACGAAAGACGAUAAACACGACUUUUCUGUUUGGAGAAAAUUUACGUUAAAGAAGGAUUUAAAAAAAAAAAAAAAAGAACAAAAAAAAAGUUCUGUUUUAGUUUGGUUGCCAAGAAAACCAGAUCGCACUGCAGUGGCGGUCAGAGGUCACCUCUCAGGACUGAAGUGGCCGCUGUAGUUUCCAGUUUCUGCUUCAUGAGCUCUCCGACACACGUCCUCGGAAAUGGGCGGCUGCACUUCUUGCAGAUCAAAAAACAGAGCCACUGCGGCUGAAAUUUUUCUCCGCUCAGCAUGAAGCGAGUCCCAGAAGAAAAGCUGGAUCUGAGUCUUUUGAGAUAAAUGCAGAAAUCUGCUAUCAUUUCUGUGUGCUCACACUACUGCAAUAUAAAUCGAAUUCAUGCCUUAAACGUGCGUAAUAACGAAGACUGUCUGAGAAAACUUAAACAUGUUUAAUUUCUGUUUAGUUUCCAAAAAAGAUCGACUUCAAUAAAGAACCAAGUGUGCAGUGAA